UUUGAAUCAUGAGAUUUUAGUCAGGUAUACCAAAUACAUGCCACCAUUGCUGGAAAAACCUUCAUAUUUUGAACCACAACAUCUUGACUGGAUAAAUGGUGGUGGAUUAAGGAAGUUGACUUUCAUUUUUACAAAUGGCUGAACCAGGGGGAACAUUUGCAGGCGGUACAGAAGGUAAUAUCACCAGAGAGGGGCCUGCCAGAGAGACGGACAACAAAGGUGUCAUCAUUGGUUCGACUAUUGGAGGUUUGGUCUUCCUUGCCCUCAUUAUUGUAGCCAUUGUCCUACUGGUGAGAAGAUAUGGACGGCCUACUAAGAGGCAUCUAAAGAGAGCUAUGCAGGGUGUUGAAAACAACGCUUCCCUUCACUCCCUCUAUCGGCAGCCAGCAUUCGCCCAUCCGCAUACACGAGUAAUAGAGAGCAUAACACUUGAAACAAUAGAAGUUGAGAAACCGAAACUGAAAACCAUUGAGGCAUACUAUUCUGCCUCUAAUGAAGCAGUAGAGUUUGGUGAGGUUGAUGCUAGUGUGUAUCAAGAUCCGAUGCUAAACCUGGCACUAGCACAAGGGCGUUCCACAAAUAGCGAACAGGUAGUGCAAGAAGAAGACACAUGUAUUGAUCGAACUUAUCUGAAAAGUAGUUCCAAGAAUGACAAUCUGGCCAUGGGUAAGACGACUCAGAUUGAGGACUAUGCCUAUGUUGGCCCUGGUGACCUUGAAAUGAUUAGUUCUGGUCUCCCAGAGGAAAGAACUGCAAUAACCCAAGCUGAUGUUCCAGAAGAUAACGUGGCAAAUUCCCAUGAAAAUGAAGAAUAUUUUGUACCAGGGGACAAUCAACCAUGCUUAGAAGGCAUCUCUUCCGAAACGAACAGGAAUAUUAACCCUGCUUUUGCUGGAGAUGAGGAUGAUGAAAUGAACAAUGUGAGGCUAAGCAGUGAAACAAAUAAAGGGACUUACGAAAGCCUUCACCCUGACAGUAGUGAGAAAACCAUUCACAUGGACCUGGGAAAGGAUGCUGGCAUAAGUGCCAGUGAUAUUAGCGUUUAUGGACAGGAUUCCGAGACUGAAAAUAAAGGACCUGAAGAUGACACUUUAUACUCUUUGGCAAAUGAUCCUGGAAAGGAGAAUCUCGUGGAAAAUGUGAAUGGCAAUGAGCACAGUGAUCCCAAGUCAAAGGACAAAAUUGAUGUCUCACCUGAAAAAGAGCCUCAAUAGAACAUCUACAGCCCACUUAAUGAUUAAAACAAUUUGGAACCAGCAAGACAGGUGGUGCUAUUAGAGCUGGGCAAUGCUCAUGAUAUCAGUUGUGUCCUAACAAUCGUAUUUACAUAGUACAUUUACAUUCAGCUUCUGCUUUCGAUAGUAUUGCUAGGAUAUUUUUGAUUAUUAUGUAACUCUGUAAAUAGUUUUUGUCCUGGAGAAGCCAGCUAUCGAAGUGAAUCACCGUCACUGACAACAAUGAACAUGUCUGGAAUCAAGUGGAGGUUGCCAUUUUCUCAAUGCUCUCAACUUCCACUUGAAACUCACGAUCAAAACCUGCAUAGGGAAGGCUCUGAGUUCAUGCAGCAGAUUUUGUACCGGGUAAUCAGAUAUUGUGUUGUCGUUCCAAGAUGUACCAAAUUGUGUUCAAGAGUUUCAACAUGUUCCAAAUGAUGCUUGAACUUUCAAUUUUAGGUCAAAGUAUGCUGGCCACUUCAAAUAUUCACAGGGGACACCUACUCAAGUCUAUGUAUCACAGCUGAACAAUUCACAUAUAACUCAUAUAUUUUGGUCAAUACGGUACUUGAAAUCACAUUCUUUUUGCAACUCAACACGGGGCAAAUUAGUGGGUAGUACAUUAUGGCUGCAAAAGCUCCACAGGAGCUGAUCGGUAUUUUCAGUUUCAGUUAACGUUGAAUUUCUUAGUAUUUUGAACUAGUGCUCUUGAGGAAUAGGGCUUACUUCACCACAGCUUUACAGAUGGAACACUGACAGAUCAAUUACUUGGUGUAUAUUAUCAAAACAUAAUAUUAUGGAUGUGUAUUGAGUCAAAUUCUUCAGAGAGAUCAACGAUCGUAAUGUCGAAAUAAGAGGAUACUUGCAAGUGCGAGAGUUGAAAACUUUGGAAAACCAACUUUGGGCAGUUUUUUCUCCAGGAUUAUUUCUGUUCAGAACUUUUAUUGAACUGGUCUUUAAAUUGUCACUGAUUUGUGUCAGAAAUAUAAGUUUAUCACACACUGCAGCCUAGCCUAUUAUAUCUGAAUCAAUCAAUGCGUUAUAAUGGAUCAUACCCUGUGGUGAAAAUAAGUGGCGUGAACUACAUCGAUACAAUAACGGCAACAAGCACCCGAUUUGGGAUGUGGAUACCUUAUUACUUGAGUCAGGAAAUAUGGAACUACUCUUCUUGACUAUACUCCUUUUUCUGGACUUAACAGGAGCUGAGAUACUCAGGGAUGUAGGUUGUUCAGGGCAAACCAUUAUUGUAAGCUGCAACAAUGACCAAAUUGUUCGGAUAAUUACUGCCAACUAUUACCAGAAGAAGGCCAAACCAAGUUGGAAAUGUCGUCAGUCAGCCUACUACGCUGCGUUAACAGCGCUAGAUGACGCUGUCCCACAAUGCAACAGCAAGCCCAGCUGUGCGAUUUUGGUGCCAAUGUGGCUGGUUGGAGUGUGGCAGGGACAGAACUACAUGGAGAUUGAGUACGAGUGUAUACCAAAACUACCUGUUUUUGAUCUCUGCACUGACAUUACGAAGCCAGCAGCAGCAUCUGGUUACAUCAUCACCCCUGGUUACCCGAGUGUUGUCCAUGGCAACACUGAGCUCCUGGAAUGUCGCUGCAAGCUCGCCUCAAACAAGGAUAUCAGUAUCAAACAACUUGAAGGGAGCCUCCCAGGAGAAAACUUCCUUUGUAAUAAAUACAAGACCAAGACAGAUACAAAUAGCACGACUACAAUGAUGUGUGAUAGUGCCAUUGAUGAUGUGUGGGGGGCGCUACACGUUGAGGUAGUCAUGCUGCUGAAGCAGGCCGAUGGGAAGGGGAAGACUUGGAAAGAAUUUUCAGGAAAAUCAGGAGCAUCUCUGAACGUUACCUGCGAAAGAGUAAAGAUACCAACGACGACAACCACCACUACCACUACUACUAGUGUCGCAACUACAAGACUAACCACCACAACGAAAAAACCUACCACCACAAAAAGGACCACAACAACAUCCACAACAUCUACAACCAUCACAACAACAACACCAAAACCCAAGGCAACAACAAUACAAGUGUCCCUAGUCCCAGUAAUACAGAAUAAGAUGGCAUCCUCAACAUCACCUCCAGAAAACGCAAGUCACUAUGACGAAACAACAGAGUCAAAGACUGGAUGGGAAAUUCAACCCUCCAAGCCGAGGGACACGAAACUAACUCAACAGACAGAGUCAACCAGCACAUUUGUGCCAGCAGCUACUGCAGGAAAUGGCAAAUCUCGUUUUGGUGACAGUGCUUGGAGUGGUUCUCCCCAUUAUCUUCAUCGGAGCAGCAAUUAUGACAUGGUGCCUACUGAACAGACGAAAAAAAGAACGAAGGGACAAAACCAGAAAAUUGUCGAGGGUGCCACUCGGCACUCAAACAAGCGACCUAAGUGAGGAGCGGGGCUUAGAUCCA